CUUCCCGUCCCGCCGUCGUUGCCAUUUCCUUGUGUCCUGGAGGUGUGUGGGGCGGGUGAACCGUCACGCAUGACGGUGGCGACGCGGUGGAAAGUGCGGCCCGCAGUCGCGCCGCGACGCGGGCGGUGCCCGGGUGCUUGCCCGAGGCGGAGCCGCGUCGUCCUCGUGCUGUGGUCGCUCGGCUUGGGGUCGGCUCGAGUUGUUGGCUCCCGUGCGUCAGCGCUGCACGGGGCAGGCGCGGCCAGGUGAGCGGCCACCGAGGCAGGACCGUGACUCUGGAGUGAGCCCCACGCGAGCUCGCAGAUCAGAUGUGCAGCGAGACCUGCCGCUUAGCACUCAGCACAGUGACACUUUCCUCACUUCCUUUCUUGACUCUGAAAAAACAGCCCCCACAGUUUGAAGUAGAGACUCAUUUUCAGUGUGCCUGCGGUAGCUGGGACCAGCUUCUUUUUUGGGAUCACAAUGACCAUGGAAGGCAGGGGGACAUUAGAUAUCAUCCCCAGGACUGCCAUGUAUCAGAAGCAGGAGGGGAGCUUGACUGUGAAGCAGGAACCAGGAAGCCAGACAUGGGGACAGAAGAACUACCUUCCCGUCUGUGAAAUAUUCCGACUGCACUUCAGGCAGUUGUGCUACCAUGAGAUGUCUGGGCCUCAGCAGGCCCUGAGCCGGCUCAGGGAGCUCUGCCACUGGUGGCUGAUGCCAGAGGUCCACACCAAGGAGCAGAUCCUGGAGCUGCUGGUGCUGGAACAGUUCCUGAGCAUCCUGCCCAGGGAACUUCAGACCUGGGUACAGCUCCAUCACCCUGAGACUGGCGAGGAGGCUGUGGCUAUGGUGGAGGAUUUCCAGAGACACCUUAGUGAGUCGGGGGAGGUUUCACCUCCAGCACAAGAACAGGAUGUGCAUUUAAAGAAGAUGGGAGCACUGAGUGCAGCUGAGCAGUCGCCUACCACAACCUCUGAUCAGGGCUUGGCCCCUGAUGCACUCUUGGAUCCUCCCUGUGACCCAGGAGCUGGACACGAACCUGCUUUUCCCAAAGUGGAGAACUCCAGAGCCCAGGCAGUGGUUACUGUGCUUAGGAUGGCCAGGCCUCAGGAGACGGCAGCAAACAAGGACUAUAAGCAAGAAAAGUGGAGUGUCCUGUGUGAGACGGAGGUGGUAAGAGAUGAGCACGGCCUGGCCUCUCUGGGUAAGAACAGGAUAGGAAGUUCUGAGUUCAGUCCAAAGCAGGACAUUUCUAAAGGAUCACAUUCACUUGACGCAUCCUCAGAGGGACUCUUUGGAGCGGCACUGGUAGAGAGAGAGUCUGGUGAUAUCUGCAAAGAUCCUUUAGCACAGAUGGAAGGGCAUCCCUCAGAUGAAGAAGGCAGCAGACUAGAAAGUGGUUUCUUGGAAAAGGAAGAUAAAAAUUCUACAAAUGACAGAAAUGAGGGAUGUAAAGAUGUAGGGGAACAUCCAGAAAUGCCCUCCAGUCCUGUUGAGCAUCAGGGAGAAGCAAAGAGGCAGAAGUCCUAUCAAUGUGAUGAGUGUGGCAAAGUUUUUAACCAGAGCUCACGCUUCCUUGGACAUCAGAGAAUCCACGUUGGAGAGAGACCCUUUGAAUGUAACAAGUGUGAGAAGACCUUUCAACAGAUAUCUCAGCUAAUUGUUCACCUCAGAAUACACACUCAGGAAAAGCCUUAUGAAUGUUGUGAGUCUGGGAAGACUUAUUGUCACAGUUCCCACCUUAUUCAACACCAGAGACUCCAUAAUGGAGAGAAGCCUUAUAAAGGUAAUGAAUGUGUAAGAGCUUCCAUUCAGAGUUCCCAGCUCCUGGUCCACAAGAGAACCCACACUGGAGAGAAACCUAAUGAAUCUGGUGAGGCAUUCAUUUGGAAUAAAAGUCUUAUUCAACAUCAGGUCCUUCACAUUAGUAAGAAGCCCUAUGAGUGUAAUGAGUGUGGGAAAGCCUUCUAUACCAACAGAAAUCUUAUUGACCACCAGAGAAUCCACACUGGGGAGAAGCCUUAUGAAUGUAUUGAAUGUGGCAAGUCCUUCAGUCAGAGUAAGUGUCUUACUCGACACCAGAGUCUCCACACUGGGGAAAAAACAUACAAAUGUAGUGAAUGUGGGAAAGCCUUCCGUCAGAACUCUCAGCUCAUUGACCACAAACGAGUUCAUACUGGUGAAAAGCCUUUUGAAUGUAGUGAAUGUGGUAAGAAAUUCAGUUUAGGUAAAUGCCUUAUUCGGCACCAGAGACUUCACACUGGAGAAAAGCCCUAUAAAUGCAGUGAGUGUGGAAAAUCCUUCAAUCAAAACUCUCACCUCAUUAUACACCAGAGAAUUCACACUGGUGAAAAACCUUAUGGAUGUAAUGAGUGUGGGAAGGUCUUUAGUUAUAGUUCUAGCCUUAUGGUUCAUCAGAGAACCCAUACUGGUGAAAAGCCCUAUAAAUGUAAAGAUUGCAUGAAAGCCUUUGGUGACAGUUCACAGCUUAUUGUGCACCAGAGAGUUCACACUGGUGAGAAGCCUUAUGAAUGUGCUGAAUGUGGGAAAGCCUUUAGUCAGCGUUCCACCUUUAAUCACCAUCAGCGAACUCACAAUGUCGAGAAGCCCUCAAGUCUGAUUCAGGCAGUAUCUUAAGGCAUGGUUUCCUGAGACAGAAUAAAGAAUUCUGAGUUAAUUUGUUUAGAAGAAGGGAGCUGGGCAGUGGUGGUGCAUGCCUUUGAUCCCAGCAUUUGAGAGGCAGAGGCAGGUGUAUCUCUGAG